UCUCUGCCUGUGGAUCACGAGGAGUGUUGAGCGCUACAUCGGAUUUUAAACCGUUUUUUUUCUUUCUUUUGUAGAACAAAUUUCUUCACAAAUUUGAAUGAAAGGGGUGACAGGAUCAUAUAACAGAAACUUAAAAUAAUAAUAAUAAUUUGCGCUAUCAUGGCGGUUUAUCCCGUGUGCGUAAUUAGCUUUAGUUGAUUUGCAGGGCUGCUGAUUUGGUUCGGAGAUGCAGUGCCCACAAUGCGAGUUCGAUUUAAAGGCGACUUUCCGCUUUUGUCCCGAAUGUGGACAAAAACUGGACACCCAACCAAGCAGGACAACAGGUGGAAAAUCCCCAGAGCAACUAGUCCAUCAAGGGAAAGAGCGAAAUCAAAACCUGACAGAUCCAAACAAUGAUGCACAUUCCCCUUCAGAGCAUUGUACUAAGUUUCCAGAAAACAGAGGGAAAGAAAAGGUAAUUUCAAAUCCAAGUCAAGAUCAAGAUGGUUAUGCCUCUGAGAGAACCCACAAUAAAAUCUCUACUGUCAAAGAACAUGUUCCACAAGAUGGCGCCAGUUGGUCUUCUGAAAAAGCAACUGAAGGAAAAGUCUGCUCAUCUAUUGAUACUCUUUUGCAAAACAAACAUACACUACCCAAUGUCCAGGAUAAAAUGUCCUCCCAGUCACAUCAAACAUCCUCUCUAAAUUUUCCAAGUACCCAGGCUAUGCUAGGGAAUACAAUAGGUGAGAAAAGCAUGAGUGAUGCCCAAUCAUUUACAGCACCACCCGGCAUAAGGUCCUCUUCUUCUGAAGCACUUAGCCAGGGCAAUGUGAAGCCAGCGUCUGUCAAGUGCCAGCUCACUCAAGAUCAUAUUGAGGUGGAAAUGAACAGUAGCUCUUCUAAACCUGAUCCUAUAAACAAUCUUAAGACAGAGUCCCCGAAAGAUGAUUUUUUACCUCCCAGACUAGAUCAGCAACUGCAGUCUGUACAGUGCACCCUGUCAGAUGCUGCUACUCAACCACAGAUAAAAGACCUACAUGACCAAAAGACACCACCUAGAGUGAAUGAAUCGAAAAAUGUGGUGAUAACCAGUCAGACACAGACAUCCACAGCUGGCAUAUUGUCUCAUUCAUGUGAUUCAGGCACUAAAGUGCCUGUUAGUAGUUCUCAUGGGGACCUCGCAAAAGCCCAGACUGAAAACCUGAGCCAGCAAUCUUCAGUUCCUAUGCAGCCCUCAAACAGCCUUACAACAAAAAACACAAAAGAGGAAACACACUUACUGCAAUGUACCACUGGACAGGAUGAGAACCAACAAAGUGUCUUUAACAGCUUAGUAUUUGGGCCAUAUAAUAAUGAGGAAGGAGCUGCUGCAAAACCCAAAGUAGACAACAUUGGUAACAAACAGCAAACUAAACACAAGGAUGUCUCAGCACAAAAAAAAGAAGUAAAUGACCCACAGAAGGAAAGGGGCGCAGCACCCCCUAAACAAAGUUUUAACAUUGAGAACCCUUUGCCUCAGGAGAAAAAUGUUCCUUCAGACCAAAAUGAUGAAAAGGGUUUUCAAGAAGUGUUGUCAAAGGAAAAGAAGAGCAACCAGAAACACACAGCAAACCAACAACAGUAUUCCAAAGACAUCACCAUUUUCUUCCAUGCUGUCUUAUCCAAAGACUUUAACAUAGACCCAUCAAGAGACACUGUUACAAUAAGAUCAGGUGGUUUAGGAGGGAAUUGGAAAAAAGAUAUUUUGAAAAUGGAAAUCACAAGAGACCUAGGACAGGAUGGUUUUCUUGUGCAAGGAAAACUGGAAAGCAGUAGAAAGAAUGUUGGAAAUAAGUGUAUUCCUUAUAAAUAUGUUGUUCUUAAGCCAGACAAAGACCCUGAACAUGAAUAUAUCUACAAAGACAAUGCAAAAGGAAUUGUUAACCGUUGUCUGAUAAUUAAAGAAAGCUUACUUACACAACAAGGGGAUUGGCACCAAUAUGAUGACAUAAUAUGUACAAAGCCUUCACAUGGUAUGGUUGAAAAGAUUAAAAACUGGUUUUUAAACACGAAGCCUGAUAUAUUGAGGGGAAGAUAUAUCGCAGGACGGAUCAUGUUGGAUACAAUCAGUGAUAUCCUUAGCGAAUGGAGUGAGCUAAAUGUGAGUAACUUCAUGGCUCAGUUGGAGCAGUUCUUCAAAACAUAUUCAGAUCCCCAUGUGUAUGAAGAACAAGGAAAACGAUGGGACUCUUUGCAGUAUGGCGAAAACCAGGUGAAAGAACUUAUCACACAUUUCAUGCAGGACAAGAUUGCAUUUUUUCAAACAUGCAAAAAUAUUCAAGAAAUAAUCCAAGAUCAGCCAAGAGUAAUGGUCAUCUUGCUGCUGAUUUAUCUAAAAUAUAAUCUAUAUAUGGAUCCCAAAAUGGUUUAUGAUAUUGGCUGGCUGCUUCAGCUUCCUAACCUGACAAAGAAUGAGUUCAUUUCCUACUGGGAUGUGCUUUUACAGCCUCUUCCAAAGGAACGUGUUGCGUAUGCAAUCAUACAAUUUUGUCAGACUGCAAUUAACCUCAGAACUACAAACUGGAUUCUUGUUCUUCCUUUCCUGCAUUUUUUGGAGAAAGACAGCAAACCAUUUGAACCAAACAUACCCUUGACAGGGCAAGAGUCUGAGGUUUGGGCAGGGUUUAAAAGGCUCAAAAAUACUAAUGCUCAUAUUACAGACUCCGAAUACACAAGGGCACUUAUAAAGGUCAUGGAGGCCCAUAAACAUUUACUUGUCAUAGAUCCAUUACUUAUCCGCUCCUGGAUGUGGGUGUUGGGUUUGAACAAUUUGUUUGAAUAUACAUCCUUCAGUCCGGUGGAUAUUCUAGAUCUCCUUGUAAUGCUGAACUGCAGACUUGACAACAAAGCGUUGUUCCAUAACAGAGAUGACCUGAAGCAGUUGUUAUCAGAGCUCCCUGACAUAAUUAAAAACCGCCAAAUCAGGUUUAAAGAUAAGGCCUAUAGUGACCUUUGUCUGACAAAGUGCUUCAGCCUUUUGGCUAAAAUCUGUCGAAUUUUCAAGAGUGCAUACAAUUCUGAUGUUCUUCUGGAGUGUUUGAAACUUUUCAAUUUGAUCAUGGAUUUGGGAGAAUAUUUUAGUGAAAAGGAAUCAGCUGAGGCCCAGAGAGAGAAGAACAAGAAGAUUUUUAUGCAGACAGAAAGAACUGUAAGGGACUGGCUCCAAAAUGCUUUCUCUGAGCCAUUACUGGACUACUCACACGGCUACACAAGUUUUACUAACAUUCGUGAAGUUGAGACAUGGAGUAAGGUGAUUUCGCUAUCUUUUGCUAACGAGAAAUUUUGCUCAACAUGGAGAGACUCGUUUUUGUUACAGUUUGAAGGAAAGUUGAAGCAGGAAAGCCCAAUUCAUCAGAUUGAAAUCUACUGUAGCCAAGUAGAGGAGGUGAACUUCAAGUAUCCUGUAUUGUCUUCCUCUUUUGAAAAAUGUGCAUUAGAGGCUGUGAACUCUGUGUGUCAGAAUGGAUCUGAGAGGACUUUGUUUACAAAACUCAGAAGCCAUGACUUUAGUAAAUUUGGAAACCUGAUAUCUGCAAUUGUACUCAAAGCCUGGCCUAAGACUGAAGACGGAAAGUAUAAAGAGGGUGAGGAGCUGGUGGUUAAACAUCUCUUGACAUGGCCUACAGCAAGCAAAAUCUUUCAACUACAAGGUGCAAAAGGGAAACUCAUUGAUCAACUCUCAGAUAAAGCCAGGGAGCUAAUGGCCAUGGCAGGCUCUGCAUUCAGCUGUGUUGCACAAAAAUUUAUUCAAGGAGAUAUAAAAAUAAAUAUCUUAAAUCAGAUCCUCGAGAGAGAGGAUGCAUUUACUGAGCUUUUGCGGAUUGAUGCAUUGUGCGAUGAUGGACGAUGCAAAGACAACAAAGCGGUGAAAACUCUGCUUAGAAAAAGGAAAGACGAAAUUGAGGACAUCUACCAAGAAAAAGAGUUCAUUGCAUGCUUACUGCGCAUGUGCACCAAACUCCAAAAACACAUCGAAGUUGACACUGAGAAGCUUGAAAGGAAUAACACAGUUAAUGUGGAGCAGAUGUGCCUUGACGAAUUCAUGGAAGUUCAUCAGCUUGAUGAGAGUUCUUCUGAUGUGACCGGAUUAGUCACAUAUUUCAACCUGUGUGAUCUCACUAGAAAGAUGGCAAAGCGACUGCAUGCUUUAAGAGACAGCUACAUUUUUUCUAUGUGUUGGGAAAACCAAGCCAAGACACUCUCGUCUAUUGAACGAGAUGAUGAUGAUGAUGAUGAUGAUCCAGUGAAAGAAACUGAGCCAUGUACAUUAGAGUUCAUCUGUGCAAAAAUAUUUGUGCCUUGUGACAAAGAAUUUCAAAGCAUCUACAACAGUCUUAGGGAUGGCUCUAUCACAUUGCAAAUGGUCAAUAGUGUCUUUGGGGUCUAUAAGGACAAUUAUGAGGGGCUAAAAAAGGAUCUGGAAAUUAUGUGCAAAAUAAAACCUAAAAAUAAUAGGCGGUGGAUUAAGGAUAGAGUCCAUCAAAUCCAACAGUAUCAUCAUAUACACUUAGCAGCAGAAUCAGCUAAAGUUAUCAUGGAGAUCAAGGAAACCCUAUGCCCUGAGGGAAACUUCAACAUACUAAACAGACUGCUUGAAGUCAGUAAAGCUGAUUUUAUGGAGGCAAGCUUAGAUCAUAUUGAUGACAACUUAAUAAAUGCCAAAACAGUCCUGGAAGACAUAACAGAGAGUCGCAGACUGUGUCUUCAGGAGCUCAGCCUCAGAAGAAACUUUGCUGAGUGGGUCAAAGUGGCCUUGCCAGAUAUCAGUCAGCUUAAGGUGUUUGUUGACCUUGCAUCAAUCUCUGCUGGAGAGAAUGCUAUGGAUGUUGAUCGGGUGGCCUGUUUCCAUGAUGUUGUGCAAGGAUACUCUUCCAUGCUUUAUGGGCUAAGUGCUGAUUCUGAUUUUGAUGCUUUUAAGAAAGCCCUGAAAAAACUGUGGAAAGCGCUGGAAAGCGACAGCAACAUUACAAAAAAGCUGAAAGACAGCGCUCGUCACUUGGAGUGGCUAAAGUCAGUGAAAGAGAGCCAUGGCUCAGUGGAAUUGUCCUCCAUCUCUUUUGCCACAGCCAUAAAUGAAAGAGGAGUAUAUUCCAUCACUGUUCAAAACCAAAAAAAGAUCAACAUGGAAACUGCACUCAAACUUUAUGUCCCUGAGGGACUUGGAAAAGAACAGGAGAUCCGCUGUUAUUCUUUGGAAGAUGUAAGAGAUCUUCAAAACAAACUAAUGCUUAUGUCUGGGAAGGCAGAGCACAACAAUGAAGUUGAACAUUUCACUGAGGUUUUUGACCAUGUUCAGAGACUAGCUGGAAUAUUUCUUGAUCUUCUUUCUGCUGGAAACCCAUUAUUCAGAAACUGGGAUGCAAAAAUCAAUUGUUUUGUCAAUUCUGAUCAUCUCACCAGCCACAGUAUCAUGAUAGACUUUAAUUUGAGUAGUAUCCCUGAAAAAAUUGCAAUAGAUGGUAACGUCAUUGAACACCUACCAAAACUUUGCCGAAAAAUGGAACAGUACCUAAGUGACUGGAGAAAGUUUAUGGAAAAACAGAGAUCUGAAAACUACUAUCUUAAUUAUUACACUGCUGAGCAAAUUGUCUAUCUUUGUGAGCAGCUCUCUUUAAAACAUUUAAAUGAAGACUUAAAUGAGUGUACAUUGAUGAUGCUUUCUUUUAUCAACCCUAAAUCUUCCACAUCUAAUGUAUGGAAAACAUGGAACCUUUUAUUUCAAGAUUCAGAUGCUAUGAUAUCUGAGGAAGGCAUUAAUGGUGUACAAGAUGUCUCAGACAAAGAUUCUGGGUUAAGCACAUUAGAUUUCAUUUGGAAUAGGUAUAUCACAGACAUGAGGACCUUUCUUCCAGAUACAUUGGAUAUCUCUGGUUUAGGAAAACUUCUUGAGAGGAUGAACAGUAACUUGAACUUGGAUUAUGAGGAUGAUGACCAAGAAGAGUACAUGUCUUUUGAUCCUGACGAAGAGCCAAAAGAGAUUAGAAGAGAGUUGCCUAAGGGGCUAAUGCUGGGCCAUCCCAAUCUAAUAGUUUGUCCCAAAGAAGAAAUCCUGACGACUUGUCUUAGCGUUUAUGCUGUCAGCAAAUAUGCGCCACUUCCAUCAUACGAUGAAGUCCUACUGUGCAGUUCAGGCACUCCGUAUGAGCAGGUGGAACUUUUUCUCAGGCGCUGCCUCACCACUAGAAAUACUGGCGACAAGAUUUACACCCUGUUGUAUGCUGAUCUCUUAAGUUAUGAAGUCAGUUGUGCUGUGGAGCAGUUGUUUAACAACCUUCAUUCUGCAUCAAGGCAGGAUUACAAACUUGUGAUUAUUUGUACCAUGGAACAAGAACAUGCUUACAUCCCCUCAGCAUUUAGCAAUUUUAAGCUGCACCUAGUUCCAAGAGAAUCCUUAGAGAGGCUCCAAAAGUAUCUUUGUAGACACUUUACAGUACCAGAAGAAGAGACUAGCGCUGCUACUGUAUUCAAAGAUGGGCAAUCUGUUGGUAUUGUGUCAUCAAAACGAGCGGGAGUUGGAAAAUCACUGUAUGUUCAGAGGCUGUAUGAAAGGCUUGAGGCAUCUGAAAGACCUGGAACUUCAUGUUUGAAGUGUAUUCGCUUAACUGAAUCCAUAAUCGAUGAAAGUGUUAUCCUUAAUUCAUUGCUUGAAACACCAAACCAGAAUGGGCUUGUGAUCUUUCAUUUUGAUGUUACAACUGCGGUGCAAAAAGGAUUGCAUGAGUUCUUAUUUAAACUGUUAGUUCUUGGCUAUCUAAUGGACACUGAAGGACGUAUGUGGAAACGCAGCAGCCAGCACUUGUAUGUCAUUGAGAUGUUACAACACGCCACUGAAAUUCCAAGAUCUGCUGCAAGACUAGAUUCAAAUGUAGCUUUCACUGACGUUUUCCCCAAAGUGCAGUGCAGACCACCUAAAGAAGUUUUGGAACUGGAAAUGAGAAUAAAGGAUGAUCCUAGCUUUGAGAUUGAAGAUCCACUUAUGGAUGAUGAGUAUUUCAGAAGUGAAGCCUAUCAGAGGCCUUAUCAGUAUUUGAUGCGCUUUCAAGAGGGUAUUGACCUUGACAACUUCACCUUCAAGGGAGUUGAAGGCUCUCAUGCAGAAUGCCUUCAGAUGUUGUUUUUCUACUGUGGAAUUGCUGAUCCGUCAUGGGCAGAGUUGAGGAAUUUUACAUGGUUCCUUAACCUUCAGUUACAAGAUUGCGAGACAUCUGUUUUCUGCAACAUGGAAAUUGUUGGAGACACUCUGAGAGGUUUCAGAAAAUUUGUGGUUGAUUUCAUGAUUUUAAUGGCCAAGGACUUUGCUACACCAUCAUUAAAUAUUUCAGAUCAAAGUCUUGGAAGGCAACAGGUACACCUAAUGGAUGCCAAUGAAGAAGAUCUGGCUCCAUUCCGCAUCAGGAAGAGAUGGGAGUCAGAGCCCCAUCCAUACAUCUUUUUUAAUGAUGAUCAUGAGUCUAUGACCUUCAUUGGUUUCCACCUCAGAUUAAAUAAUGAGAAUGGUGUUGAUGCUUUUGAUCCAUCAACAAACAGAGUCAUAAGGAAGAACAUCAUGACAAAGCAGCUUUAUUUUGGUCUCCAGGGUAACAAAGUCCCUUUUAACAUUAACUUUGAUGACUUACCAAGAAGUGAAAAGAUUGAGCAUUUGUGUAGUGUUCUUGGUGUUAAAUGGCCAUCAGAUCCUGAUGAGACCUACCAGCUCACUAUGGACAAUGUAUUAAAGAUGAUGGCAAUUCACAUGAGGUUCAGGUGUGGCAUUCCUGUCAUUAUUAUGGGAGAAACUGGUUGUGGAAAGACAAGACUUAUCAAAUUCAUGUGUGAACUUCAAAGAAGUGGAAACCCAGCAGACAAUAUGAAACUGGUAAAAGUUCAUGGUGGCACAACUCCUGACAUAAUUUAUGCGAAAAUACAAGAAGCUGAGUCAGUUGCAUCCUGGAAUAAAGAGAAACAUGACCUUGAUUCAGUAAUUUUCUUUGAUGAAGCCAACACUACUGAAGCAAUUUGUUGUCUGAAGGAAGUGCUUUGUGACAAUUCUGUCAAAGGGCAGAAACUUCAACCCAAUACUGGUCUACAUGUUAUUGCGGCUUGCAAUCCCUACAGAAAACAUUCAGAUGUGAUGAUUAAAAGGUUGGAAGGAGCAGGUUUGGGAUACAUUGUGAAAGCUAAUCAGACACAGGAUAAGCUGGGCUCUAUUCCCCUCCGCCAGCUUGUGUACAGAGUUCAUGCAUUACCCCCAAGUAUGCUUCCAUUAGUGUGGGACUUUGGGCAGCUUGAUGACAACACUGAAAAAAUGUACAUUCAUCAAAUUGUUAAGAGCGUGGUUGAAAACAACUCCAUCAGAAAUAACUAUAUCAAGAUGCUUAGUGAUGUUUUAUCAGAGUCACAGUGCUAUAUGAGGAAGAGAAAAGAUGAACGUAGCUUUGUUAGUUUAAGAGACGUUGAACGCUGCAUGCAAGUGUUUGUAUGGUUCUACACCAAUCAUCAAAUGUUUUUUGAAGAAUUGGAAGCAUUUUUGAAAAAGAAGCAAAAACAAUUAAACACUGUUGUUGAAACAAUGUCCAAAGAUCCUGUUGAAUGGAGUCUCUUGAUGGCAGUGGCAGUGUGCUAUCAUGCAUGCUUGGAAAAGAGAGAGCAAUUUUGGUCAAUACUUGGGAGUUAUUUCCCGAGCUAUGUCAAACAAAGAAAGGUAAUGCAAGAAAUCUCCCAAAUACAGGAUCUUCUUCUACAUGAUGUACCCCUAGGUAAUACAAUUGCUAAAAAUAAGGCAUUGAAGGAAAAUGUCUUUAUGAUGGUGGUGUGCAUUGAACUGCGAAUUCCACUAUUCUUAGUUGGUAAGCCUGGGAGCUCAAAGUCUUUGUCAAAGACCCUAGUAGGAGAUGCAAUGCAAGGCCAAGCUGCACACUCUGAGCUGUACAGGAAAUUGAAGCAGAUUCACCUAACAUCCUACCAGUGCAGUCCUCACUCAACUGCAGAGGGAAUCAUUAAUACAUUCAAGCAGUGUGCUCGUUUUCAAGAGGGGAAAAAUCUAAAAGAGUAUGUCUCUGUUGUUGUGCUAGAUGAGAUAGGCUUAGCUGAAGACUCACCCAAAAUGCCUUUAAAAACCCUUCACCCCUUACUGGAAGAAGGUUGCAUUGAUGAUGAACCAUUACCCUAUAAAAAGGUUGGGUUUAUUGGCAUCUCAAAUUGGGCUUUGGAUCCAGCCAAAAUGAAUAGGGGAAUCUUUGUCUCUCGAGGCGACCCAGAUAAAACUGAACUAGUUGAAACAGCCACAGGAAUUUGUUCUUUGCAACCAGUGGUCCUAGAAAACAUAAAGCAUCUCUUCGAGCCUCUGGCAGCUGCCUACCAUGAAAUUUGCAGCUCUAAAUCUAAAAGUUUUUUUGGCUUACGUGAUUACUAUAGCUUAAUCAAGAUGCUGUAUGGUGUUUCCAAAAAUUCUAAUCCUUCUUCAGAAGAAAUUGUUCAUGCAGUGUUGAGAAAUUUCAGUGGCUUGGAUAAUGUGGAUGCUCUGAAAAUCUUUGCUAAAUCACUUCACAUAAAACAUUGCUUGAAUGACCUCAGUUCUAUUGAUCUGGUAAGGCAAAACAUCACUGGCAAAGCCCAGAAUGAGGACUGUCGCUACCUUCUUAUACUUACCAAGAACUUUGCAGGCCUUCAAAUUCUACAGCAAAAUAUCUUCAUGGACAACAAUCCUCCGGAGAUCAUCUUUGGCUCAAGCUUUCCCAAAGACCAGGAGUACACACAAGUCUGCAAGAAUAUCAACCGUGUGAAGAUCUGCAUGGAAACUGGCAAGACUGUUGUGCUUUUAAACCUUCAAAAUCUUUACGAGAGCCUGUAUGAUGCGUUAAACCAAUACUAUGUUUUCCUGGGUGGUCAAAAAUAUGUGGAUCUUGGCCUUGGGACGCACCGUGUGAAGUGCCGUGUGCACAAAGACUUUCGACUUAUUGUUAUUGAGGAGAAAGAAGUGGUCUACAAUCAGUUUCCCAUUCCACUAAUUAACAGACUUGAAAAACAUUACCUUGACAUCAACAGUGUCCUACUGAGUAGUCAGAAAGAAACUGUCAAACACCUGCAGAGCUGGGUCAAACAUUUUGUGGCUUCAAAAAAUCAACAUUCUAUUCCACACAAGUACAUGCCUCAGGAUGUUUUCAUUGGUUACCAUUCAGAUACUUGUUCCUCUGUGAUACUGCAAGUAGUGGAGAAACUAAGAGAUGACAUUGAGGAUGCAGACAUCCAAGACAACCUGUUAAAGGAAGCAAAGCGUGUCUUAUUAAAUUGUGCCACCCCAGAUUCUGUUGUAAGGUUGCAGUAUACUAAUUUGCCAGAUGUAGAGACAGGGCAACUGCUCAAUAUAUAUUUUGAGCAACAAAAACACCACUCUCUGGCAGAAUUCAUUGUUUCUCAUAUUCCAAAGGGGCAUCAUAACAAUUACAUCUUUACAGAGGUUACAACUUUUUCAAGGUUGUUGACAGCUUCAGAUAUCAAGGAGCUUGAGCACAAAACAGGGAUUUACAAUAUUGAUCACCUGUUACUUCAACAAUUUGAGACUGAGUUUUCCUUCCUCAGAAAAAUAAGGCAAUUCCUAGAAACACAGGGCACAGACAAGAUCCUUCUGGUUCAAAUGGACUUUGGGGAGGAUUCUGCAAGUGCAAAUCUUCUUGCAUCUGCCAGGUACUCCUCCAUGAAUGAAAUCAUCCGAUCAGAACAUGUAGAGGACUGUAGGGUGUUUGUGUAUUUUAUCAUCAAAUUACCAAGAAUGGAGGGAGGAACCUUCUACACUGGAUUUCAUGGAGGGCAUUGGAUGUCAGUACACAUUGAUGACCUCAGAAGCUCCCAAGAGAUUGUUUCAGAUGUCCAGAGUCUGAGAAAUGUCUCCAUUUGUGAGCUCUUUGAGGACAUUACAGUGGAAACCUCUGUUGAAAAUUCUGAAGAUUUGACAUUGUAUAAGGAGUUUGAUACAACAGCCCUGCUGCGCAGUUGUGUCCAGAGCUCUGUGGGCAUGUUAAGGGAUUUCGAAGAUGAAGGAAUUCUAAGUACAAAAAGAGUGGACAUUUUGCUUACGCUCUUGGACAACAGUGACACACUAAAAGUUAAGUUCAUGAAGACGUUGAAAAAGCGCCUUUAUCUCUUGUUAAAAACACGUGAGGACAUUGCAGAUAUGCCCAAAACCUGGGUGUCCAGGGAAGCAUCAAAUAUUGAGGCUCUCCAAGAGGGAGGAACCUUUAAACACACACUGUGGCGUCGAGUACAGGCAGUGGUCACUCCUUUGCUAGCACAGCUGAUUUCUGUCAUCGACCGUAACUGCAAUUUGGAUCACUUGCUUGAUACUAACAGCGAGGAUGAAGUGAAAAAUCUGUGGCUUUUCAUAUUUGAACACAAAACACUACUGGACAUUCCACAUGAUCAAACUGGCUCCAAGUCACAGACCAUCCACAUCCAAAGCCAUAUGUCAGCAGGAAGAACUAUGUUCUGUGCUAUGCCCUUCAGCUGGAGGAUUAAAGACAUGUUAGAUGACCUCUGGGAUCACACCUUACAGAGAGAGGAUCAAUCCCAUAAGCAGUUUGAGGAGGUCUUCAAGCGGACUGUACUAGGCGAAUAUUUUGCAACGGUGGACAAAAAGAUGCUGAAAGAAUUUUUUGAAAAAUAUCUUAAAGAUUUUGUUGCAUUAACAAUGAAAGUUUCAAACGUUGCUGAACAAAAAUCGCUGUGCACUGCCAUGAAGAGCUGUGUAAAUGAGGUGUGCAGGAGGCGAGGCAGCUCACUGGAAACUGAACUCUCCUUGCCACUCGUCCACACCGCGUAUCAUGAAUUCCAGAAACGACUGCAGAAUUUCUCGAGGAUGAUAUCAAUCCUGCCUCAGGUGGUCAUGUGCUUACAGGGAAAUCCACACGUGAUGCAGAAAGCUGAGAUGGUUUCAGAUAUGUAUGGUGCUCUUGCUUGUCUCGAGCACCUAGAUCCCCAGGACUUAAACCAAGACUUUAGCCCUAAACUCUGGCUCAAGCAAGUAAUGAAACUUCAAGUCCCUAUUGAAGUGGUGUGUUCUGAACAGAGCCUUAAGCAGUAUGGGGAGAGGAGUCGUGAAAUGGUGAAGCUCAUCCAAAAUCGAUGGAGACGUGUCUUCACCCUGGCUCUGUUUGUAGAGCACAUAUUGUUGGAUAUUGAGGCUGUAGAUGAGAGGCUAAAACCGCUGGUUAUGGAUUGCUCUCGAAACCUCGGGAAGGUACUUGAAAAAAGCUCGGACAUGAAAUUAGAGAAAACCUUUCUGGCUGUUAUUGACAUACUCAGAUCCUGCAAGGAAAGUGCAAGUGAUUUACUAUUUAGGUUUGGCCUCCAGACAUGCCCUGUAUGUAGGGUAGAACCUCAAGACCCUGUGGAACUACCAUGCAAUCAUGUCUUCUGCCAGUCUUGCAUUAGAAGGUGGCUCAUUCCAGGACAGAUGUACUGUGCCAUGUGUACCCAACCUGUGCCAGAUGACUUUGAGCAAAAAGUCUCUGAGGAGUACCGAACAUGUCUCAAAUUAAAUGCCCAGUUCAGACAACGGUGCAACGCCUUUUUUAUAGAGGUAGUGUCCACAGUUUGUUUUAAAGACAAUUCCCCUCCAUCCAGAGCUGUCAUUCUACACCUGUUGUCUUUCCUAAUGGUUGAGGCAAAGCCAGAUUCCUUAUCUCAUGCACACAGUCAUAUUCACACCAAAGCCCUGUCACCAUUCAACGAGUGCGUGGAUAGAAAUCCUGUUAUAAGAUCUAUGGUGCUUAAACUUCUGCUCAAAUACAGCUUUGACGAGGUGAGAGAAUACCUUGAACAGCACUUAACGAAUAUUCUACUGAGCAAAAUUCUGGAUGGCACUGAUAAAACUGAACUGUAUGCUUUGUACGUCAAUUGCUUUGAGGAUUCUAUGUUUGAGAAAAAGCAGUUGAGCUGUAUGGAAAAGGAGAGGGCAUGUCUCCACGAGGGAAGGGGUGUCUUGCACAGUGUUUUCCACACAAACAGAGUGGCCACAGAGGAGAUCUCCAUAGAGAGUUUGAAGCAGAUUGCAAGGCUGCGUAUAUGCUUGGACAUGGGUGCUCAGCUGCUCACCACAUUACCAAGCAGUGGGAGCAUGGAAAAACACCAGGAGGAAUUCUUAGCCACAGUAAUGGAGCUUUGUCAAAAGAGCAAGAAUGACUGGUAUAGGGUGUACCUGAUCAGAAAGAUUUGCAGCUUGCAGGGAGUUGAAGCUGCUCGGGCAAUGCAAAAGGACGCUAAGUUCCAAUGGCUCUUUCCACAAGAGAUCAUACCGCAGGAAGAAAAUGAGGGCCAUGUGGACCAGUACCUUGUGUAUGGUCAAGAUUAUAAAACUGUACGUGAGUCAGUUGCAAAGGCUGUAAUUGAGGGUAAAGCACAAAUCAUAGAUGAAGCCAUUGAGACGUGUACUUGUAGUCCAAAAAGAAAGGCCUUUUAUAUCCUUCUGGCCCUUUUCCAAGAAGUUACCAGUUUAUUUAAAGCAGCCAACCCAGUCCUUCAUCCCAAACCAGAGCAACGGCAAGCUCUUGAAGAUUACAUCCAUGGCUUACAAUAUUUCACCCCAGAGAUGAAGGUGUUUGCUGAAACUCUGGUAAACAACAGGCUUGGCAACCUAAGUGUUGACAGGCAUCAGUCAAACACAAUACUCAUCCUCACAGAGCUGAGCAUCCAUCUAAAGGCUGUACUCUUGUGUGGGAUUGGGGGUGUCUUGGCUCCCCUUCUACAACUGGCAUUGUCCCCUGCUACCAUGCAGAUGGCGUUUAUACCCACAAUGCCUGAAGAUAUUUUGGCCACAGCAAAGAAGGCUCUUGGUUACACUUGGUAUACCUGUCCCAAUGGCCACCCGUGUGUCGUGGACAAGUGUGGCAAGCCUACUCGGAUGGGGAGAUGUUUGGAGUGUGGAGCACCUGUGGGAGGACUCAAUCAUCAACCAGUGCAAGGUUUCAAUAAAAUGCGUCAAGAAGGGGAUCGGUCCCAGAGAGGCCACAUUCUAGGAGCCCCACAGAGAAGAGAUAAUCCAGAUGCACUGGAUACAAAAAGCAUGUCUUUAACGCCUUUUACAUUAGUCAGAACGAUUACCCAUAUGGCCAUGCUGCUUGGAGCAUCAGAACAGUCUCAGUAUAUCGCACAGAUCAUCCAACCUCCAGUACAGGAUCCCUGUGGGUUUUUAAUAAGCCAUCUGAUGAAGGAUUUGGAACAUCUGGGCAGGGCUUUGGGUAAAGGCGUUGACGACACAGUGACUACUGUACACUUGAUGCUCAGCUGGACCCUAGAGCCUCCUCAGAACGUUCAAUGGCCUGCUGGCUAUGAUAAUAUCCUCUCAACAAAGGAAGCCAGGAAUGCCUGGGAGAUCACCAUGGCUCAUAAUGUCAUUACUCCCAAAUUGAAGAAACUGGAACGUAAGCUUGUAAAGGUGAAUGACACCAUGAGGGGUGAUGCCCGUGUGUCAUCUGAUCCCAUCCUGAAGCUGAUGUACGGAGAUCCGCGCAUGUUUCUGUCCUCCUUGCCCCAGCAGUCAGUCCUCCACAGUUCUGCUGUAUGGAGCUGCAGGGAGAAGGGCUCUCUACUUAGCCUCACACACAUCGUUGAGCAGAAUGACGGCAAAGAUUACUUCCCUCUGCUAUGGAAGUUUCUACAGAAGGAGCCUGAAUUCCGGCAGGUCAGCUUCCUUCCAGACAUACUGGCUCUGCAAAGAAAUCUAGUUAAGAAGUUUCAGAAUGUUCCUGAUUUAAUCUGUGGAACAAUAAAGGAUUUUAUUAAUAAACAACCAUCUGGAUCUGUGAAGAGCUGGUAUGAGAAGCGCAUCAAAAUUUUCCUGAGUUCAUGGAAUCAGCUGCGGAUGUCCUUGGCCAACUAUGAGGUGAGUGUACCAGGAGAUUACUGCAGUGUGGAUCUUGAUGAGGGCAGCGAGUUGCAAGUGCUGAUUCCUCGGAGGCAGGGAGCAGGGCUGUGUGCUACUGCACUUCUUAGCUACCUUGUCUCUCUGCAUAACCAGCUGGUCAGUGAAGCCAGCCAACACACAGGGGAGAGUAACAGAUAUGUGGUAAGCCUUGCAGAAGUGAGUGAUCUGCAUGUGAUCCGGUACGAGGUGGACAGAGACCUGCUUCCCUUGGUGCUGUCUAACUGCCAGUACAGUAUGGAGCGCGGCCAGGAGACGGUAUCUGAAUACGACCUACCUAAAAUCCAGCAACAGGUCUUUACCCGCUUCUUACAAGGCAAACCCCAAAUCACACUGGCUGGAAUUCCCACUCUGGUCAGCAGACAAGAACGCAAUUAUGAGAAUAUAUUCAAAGAAAUUAGAGAAAAAGUGGCUCAGGAACCCCUGACCUCUUUGAGCUCUACUGGCCUGAUAUCAGAGCUGCAGUCUCCCAGUGACGUCUGUGAGACCCUUUCAGCCGUGGAAGUUGCUCUAGACUUUCUGGCUAUGACUGGAGGAGAUGAGCACAUGUACCUGGAGGAGUACCUGGAGAAAAGACUACAUAUGGAGAAUCAGACUGCCCCUCAUAUUCUUAAAGCUCUGGGCAGAUGUAGUCUGAAGCACUGUGUGUCUCUUUGGCAACUCCUUACCUCACUCAAGUCUGAGCAUAUGCUUCGCCUUAAGAGGGAUCCAUUCUUAGGGAUCCCAGCCAGUUAUCGACAGGUACUAGGGGAAAAGGAGAAAAACUUCCUGAUUAACUUCUUGUCUAAAAGCUCUGGGGAUACCUGGUUUCUUGAAAUGCACGAGUUCCUGUUGCUGAAUUUAAAAAGCCAGAGAGCAACUGACACCUACAACCCUUCCUGGAGCAUUAAAGAAACGCUGGCCACCUACAUGGAGCGCAAAAAUCUUGAGGUUCCUCUAGAUGUGGAAGAGGCUUUCCCAGAUGAGAUUGCUAUGUCUCAGCUGGUGGAGACCUGGAAGUUCAUUGUGACCUACAAACAACAAAGAUAAAGCACUAAAGAUAAUGUUGUAAUGAUGGUUUUCCCUGUAAGCAUGAUUAUUAGGAGAAUGAUUCAGUUGUUUUUUUAUUCAGAGCACAAUUAAUUUUCAUUUUGUUACAAAUUUCUGUUUGGGAAAACUCAGGGAAUAAUAAAAUGAAUGAAUUUUAUUUUAAUUAUCUAUUGAUAAAAAAAACACAUAAAAAUAAUGGGUUUAAUGAACAUCCCUGAGACUUGCCGUAAAACAGAUUUUGUUUAUUGUUAUAGUGAUUAAUUAAUUGCACUGGCACUAAAGUAAUGAAAGCAUGUUUUUUUCCCCAAACCUCCUUAACCACAUAAGUUUAUUUUAUUAUACCUUGAUGUUUAGUUAAAAUUUAUUAGGACUGGCACAUGUUGUUAGGAUUAUAGAUACCUAAAAUUAGAUACGAUAAGAUAAGAUAAAAUAAGAAGAAAAUGUGCAAUAUUAGACAAUAAAUAAAUCACAUAUGCAGAAGGGCUAUAUGUAUAUACAUAUAUGGAAAGGGUUAGGGUUAGGGGAGACAUUUGUGCAAUAUUGUGCAUACUGUCUAUAGAGAGAGAGAGAGAAUGAGUGCGAGCUCUUAAGUCACGGAUGUGUGACAAACUUUUUUCUUGAUAUGUUUCUGCCACUGGAUGGAGCUGUGGGCCAUUUUGCUUUGCUCAAACCCAACUCUAAAGGGGGCCUUUCCAAAUCUGUUCCCAUACUAUACAACUAGUGUCAUUUACCCACUUUUUUUAUGUCACUUCUGUUAUCUUGAACAUUUUAUAUUGUAUCUACAUAAUUACAUUUUAAUUAAGUGCUGCAAAUAAAAUAUGUACUGUACAUAAUUAAAGCUUGCCUUCUUUAA